AUGUUCAUUCAAACACUCCACAGCUCGCAACCGGCUGGUCGUAUAGGUGAUUUUGGAAAUUUUUUUAGCGGUUUCGCUAAAAGCCUUAAUAUUGAAUGAGUGCAAUUUGUAUUUCAAAAUUGUGAAAUACUGCGUUCUGUGCGAGGUCUGCAUGAUAAAAACAGCGCCUCAUAGUAUUGUUUCAUCUCAGAUGUGAUCUAUAAAAGUAUAAAAGGUUGGUUUAGACGCCCCCAGAUUUGUUAGCAAGAUUCGGUAAAGAAAACUUGUCGAACGCAAAAGAAUUCGGCCUGAUUUGUUUUCCAAGAAUUUGUUUUCCAGGCCUAAUCUACUGUGAUCAAGAGCCACUAUGGCUCUUAAAUGUGAUCGAAGAUGAUUGCUGUUUUUGGGUGUACAUAUAAGGCUAUCAAUUCGAUGAUCAAUUCAGUCUUGGACUGUUUCCAAAUUACUUUUCUCUAAAAUCACUUAGCCUUUCCCUCAAAAGUCACAUGAAUGUGCUCUAAAGUUAACUGAUUUGUGGAAUACAAGUUUAUUGUUUGAUUUAAAUUACAAAAGUUAUUAAUAGGAGCUUCGCUUUUAGCCCUGGCUAAAUCUAUAAAUUAACAUUACAUAACAUAUAACAUUAAUUUGUGUAAGUAGCUAUAUAUAUAAAAAAAAUACUAAGUUAUUGUGCAUAAUGAAUAUUUUCUAAUAGUUUAGCGUGUAACUUUCCUCUUCUUGAUUUUCAGACUCUGUUGUUACUUCUGCCUUGAUCAAAGUUCUAAUUUCUUUGAAUACCAAAGAUUUAACUGUUGAACAACAAAGAAUAUUAACUGAGGAAUUAGAACAGUCGGUUCAUAAGUAUCGAAGAUACCAAGAUCUUUCGUCAUUGCCAUUUGAUAGUAGUGUAGCCCGCCUUACUGAGUAUAUCGAAAAGGCUUAUGAAGUGGCCGUAAUGAUGGUAAAAACAGGAUCUUUGAUAAUAACUUUGCAGUGCCUCACUCUGGAGAGUCUUGAACGUCUGUGGAAUGAUUACUGUUCUGGUGUCUUUAAUGACGUUGUUAAGCGUUUCCUGGUGACUGAUGAACUCAAGAGAAAGCUAGGGUUGGACAAUGUCAGGUUGAAGACAACUAUAGAAGAAGAAAACUACUUAAUUUGUAAGAAAGCGUUCAUGGAGAACUCAGGUUAGUUAGGAAUUCUCGAUAGAGCCUUUUGUGGGGAACCUGUAUUUUGGCUUGAUAUGCCAAAAAAGAUGGAUAGCAAGUGGGUGAAAUUGUUUGCAAGAACUUUUUUUACUCGCGAGGUUCAGUGAUCAGCUAAAUCAGUAGACUACGAGUAGUCCCCCAUUUUUCCUCAGGGAUAGUAGAGUGAGCGAAACGCGAGCGCGCGUGAAAAUCACCCCACGUGGGAAAGGGCGACACGCGGCGGGGAGAGAGAGAGAAAAAAAAAAUUCUCUCUCUCCACCGCGUGUCGCCUUUUCUCGCGUGGGGUGAUUUUCACUCGCGCUCGCGUUUCGCUCGCUCUACUAUCCCUGAGGAAAAAUGGGUGACUACUCGUAGUCUACUAAGUCACCGCCUUGGCUUUUUACAAUGACAGUUUUGUAGGUGCUGAGAGUUUUUCUACACGUGUAAUUUACAAGUGUAGCUAUUGUUCUCAGUCUCUAAAACAAUUGCUACAGUUGUAAAUUACACUUGUAAAAGUCUUGUUAAACUGACCCCAGGUCAAUGGAAUGUCAUGUACCACUUUACUAGUAAAGAAAGGGGGCAUUCAGAGACUAAUGGAGGUCAACAACAAUCAGUACACUUCCCUAGGUUGAAGGAUUAGGAUUGCUGUGGAGGGUGCUUCUUCUCAAAGUACUCGUCACUCAUGGUCUAGUUCCUGUUUCAUCUGACUGAGCUGCACAGCUUAUGUGGCGUGCAAAACGGCCUUUCUUCCCACAGCUACAGCACUUAGAAAGUAGAACUCUGAAUAUAAAGAACGACUAGAAGGAGCCGUAUUGUUAUUUAUACCUGAGACAAAUUGGAAGUGCUAUCUGUUUGAGGCGGACAUCAUGUAUUAAACGAUCAAUAAAGCAUUCCCCGUGGGUGCCCGCUUGAGUUUUAUAGGCCGUUACAACUGGUAUCUUGUUUUUGACAUUACUUUACUAGGAGUAGCAACUAUCACCGAAACUUCAUUUCAAACAGUUGAUUCAGGUCAGGUACACGAUACAAGGUGGAGUGAAGCAAGCUCAGAUGUUGAGAAAGUAAGACUUAUUUUCUUUGGGAACUGGUGAAACGGGGCGAUAUUAUUAGGCAGAAAGACGGUUAUGUAAUUAGAAUUAUAUAUAGGGUUUGCAUCUCGUAAUUUAUAAUAGUAAAGUGAAGUGCAAUUUUAGUUAUUACUGAUAAGUAACAAACGGGUGAAUACGAAGGGUCGCCAGUUUUUAAUUGGCUGGGAUUGUACCAAGCGAAUACCAGAAGUGACACAAUACAGUUUUUAUUUAUUUAUUUAUCUAUUGUCAUCCCAGGACAAGAUCAGGUCCGGA